AUGUUGUUUUCAUAUUUUUAUGAUAUUGCAUUUGAUGUUGGACUUAUUGUUAAUGAUAAUGAUGAUCAUUCAUCAACAAUAACAACAAUACCAAUAAGAGUAUUAAAACAAACAGCAAAAAAAGUUUGUCGUGGAUCAUCAUCAGUAUCAACAAAACAUCCUUUUUUAUGUUUUGAUUUAACAUAUAUUUAUUCAGUAUUAUCAAAAGGUUAUAGAUUAUCAGAAGAUAUACAAAUUCAUAUUUUGAUAAUAUUUGUCCAUGGUGUUAUGUGGGAAAAACGUCGUUUAGAAAAAGCACUCUCUCAAAUUGAUACAUCGAAUAUAAAUGUAUCAAUAUCUUGGUAUUCAUUUGAAUUAGAUCCAAAUCUUCCAUCGGAUGGAUCGUUAUAA